UAUUAUUAUUGAGAAUAAAGGUUCUUCUUCCCUGUGUUUUCAUACGAUAGAAAAUAUAAUAUAUAGAUGGUUACAAAAUAGUAUUUCAGUUACAUGAAUGACUGAGUACGACGUGUCAUCUUAAAACUGCACUAAAGUGUACUACAUACAUUUGAACCGAUCUACAAAUAAAUAACAAAAUAAAAGAAUUCGUUGAACAUUGAAUGGAAAAAGCCUUCGGCGGGAAAUUUUUUUUCAAAAUUAACUUACAAACUGUCAGGAUUAUUUAUUAUUUUGUUUAAUUUACAAUUAUCAUGUUAUACAUUGUUACAUUGGUGAAUACGAUUAAAUCUGAAUUCGGAAAUAAAUUCAAGGUGUUAUAAUUCGCCUAAUUAUCCGUGGGAGAAAAAAUCCUAAAAAAUGCCAUCAUUACCAUAUGUAUAUACAUCACCAAAUGCAAAAUUUACAGACUACCAGUCACAGCGUUCAAUAAAACGAAAACGAGCUGUUUACGAACAGUUGGAUGUGGACAGUUCCCUGGUCUUCGAUAAUGAUACCUACCAUGCAUCGCCAACAACUCCUUAUAUGAUGGAUAAUAUCACUAAAGAAGAGAGAAGUAAUACCACUACUACUACUACAGUAGGUGAGAUAAACACAACGACAACAGAUACUGUGGAACUGGAACAAACCUCUGCUCCUACUAACACAUCAGUAGCAAUGAAUGAAACUGUGAGUGAAACGACAGAUAUCAACAGAGGAAAACACUCAGCUUCCAUGAAUGCUACUACUACGACAACCACAACCAAUGGUCGAACGAUGACACCACAAAUGACUACUACUACUACCACUACUACAGCUGCCAUCACUAAACUUCCUACAAGACUGGAUGAAAGCGAACGAUAUUCGCCAUGGUCAACAUCACCAGGUCAUCGUAUAUCCCGUAUAGGUGAUAGUGAUUAUGAAACUGCCUUUCAGCCUUUUUCAGCUCCAGUCGAUAUAACGCAUACUAAAAGUGGUCAGGCUACACUGAAACAUCAACAGAUAUUAAGAAGGCAGGCUGAAAAAUCAAAUUAUGGUGGAUUACCCUAUGGUGGUGUUGUUAGUCUUUCAAUAUUGGGUGUAACAUUUGGCCUAUUGUUUCUUCUUUGGUUCUGUAAACGUUGUGUCCUGAGAAAACGUCGAUCGAAGAAAGAUGGCAAGAAGAUGUCAUUGGCUGGUGGGAAGUUGGCUGCUGAUUUGAAAACUGCUGCGCAUCUGUCUGAAGUAUUAAAAAAUCAAGAUAGCGUUGCUCUGAAAUCUGACAUGGAAAUGAAUGAAGCUGAACAAGCUGGUGAAAAAGUCAAACAGUACUGUGGAAAACUUCAAUUCUCACUGGAUUACGACUUUCAGAAGGCUGAGUUAACAGUUGGUGUUAUUCAAGCCUGUGAUCUCCCAGCUAUGGAUAUGUGUGGUACCUCUGACCCUUAUGUGAAAGUGACUUUAUUACCAGACAAAAAGAAGAAAUAUGAAACUAAAGUUCAUCGAAAAAUACUCAAUCCAGUAUUUAAUGAAACAUUUAUUUUUAAAAUUCCCUACGCUGAGAUUACAUCGAAAACAGUUCAGUUCACUGUGUACGAUUUUGAUCGAUUUUCUAAACAUGAUCAAAUUGGACAAAUUAAAGUACCACUGAGCACUGUAGAUUUAUGCAAUGUAAUUGAAGAAUGGCGUGAAUUAAAUCCCCCAGAGGGUGAAGGAGAGAAAGAAAACCGUUUAGGUGAUAUUUGCUUUUCACUGCGUUAUGUACCAACUUCGGGUCGUUUGAAUGUCAAUAUACUUGAAGCGAAAAAUUUGAAGAAGAUGGAUGUCGGUGGACUUUCAGAUCCCUAUGUCAAAUUAUCGUUAAUGUUUAAUGGAAAACGUGUUAAAAAGAAAAAGACCACAAUUAAAAAGUACACACUGAAUCCAUAUUACAAUGAAUCAUUUGCAUUUGAUGUUCCAUUCGAUCAGAUACAAAAAGUCAACCUCAUUGUUACAGUCGUCGAUUAUGAUCGUAUCGGUACCUCAGAACCAAUUGGUCGUGUUGUACUAGGCUGUAAUGCUACAGGCGCUGCUCUACGCCAUUGGUCUGAUAUGUUGGCGAAUCCAAGACGACCAAUCGCCCAAUGGCAUACACUACAAGAUAUGCCAGAAAAGAAUUAACAUGUGAGGACUAAAAACAAGUUGAACAAAAUGCAGAAAAAGGUAUUGCUUACAUACAUCACCGUACAGCCUUUUAAACUAUUUGUUUUCAUUUCAGAGCAAUUUAUGCUGUUAUAUGUUGUUUAAAAAAAUUGUUUAAAAUUAUAUGACGCAAAAACAAAAUACAAUAUAUACAUAUAUCUUUCAAAUAAAUCAGAAAAUGUAUUUUACCAAAGCAAAACUGUUGAUAUCUGUGAGUACAGUGCAAAUUUAUAUAUCUAUAUACAUAAGUAAAUUUUAACAAACUUAUAUAUAAAUACAUAUACACCUACACAAAAAUCGAUACAUUUAUAAGAUAUGCUUAUCUGCAUGCAUAGGGCAUUUUAUCUGCCCUCUCUAUAUAUACAUGUUGCCUAUUUUCAGCAAUAACAGCCCGCUUAAUCACAGACACACACACAUACAGGCAUAAAUUAACAAAAAAGCUAACAAUACAUGCCCAUUUACGCAUAUAACAUUGAAUAUUGAAUAAGCACCAAUUAUUGAGCAUUGAACAAACAUUGAAAUAUUUAACUGACUAACUAACUAACCUACUAACUAACUAACUGACUAAUUUUUGUGUCUACUUUCAUUGGUUGUUUUGUCUUUCUCAAUUAUAAAGAAUCGAGAGCAUAAUAACCAAUAGACGACUGGCUAGCUGGCUGAGUGCCUGCCUACCCGCCUGUCUGCCUGCUCGCCUGCUGCCUAUUAACAAUUAUUUGCCCUGAACAUAUUUUCUGUUAUUUGUUGAAAUAAGGCGUUUAAUUUUAAGACACUAUUAAUUUUACGUCAUAUCUCAAGGCUUCUGUGUCUUUUGUGGUCUUCAUUUGGAUUAAUUUAUUUAAUUUUAUUAUUUUUUUGUGUGUUUUAAUUAUCUUUUUUUGCUUGUAUUUUCGUUUUUGUUUUAUUUCUAUGUUUUGAUGUCCUUCUCUCUGGGUUCGUUCUCCUUCUCAUUUAAUUGUGUUUGUUUAUGUGUAUGACGAAAUUAUUGCAGGUUAAAAAUGCUUAUAUUCAUUUGAUAAUUGAUUUCAUUGGUAAAUGCUUGUGACUCCUGAAA